AUGUCGCGCUUCCGCUCACUGAGACACGCCGUGGCAACUUACGAAGCGGCCACGGGCAGAAGCCCAUCAAGCAUUAGCUUUGGAAGAACUUUCACGGCGUCAUUCGCAUCAGGCACUGUCAGGAGUGGUUCAGCAUUCAGAUCCUUCGAGACUGGGUCAAAAUGGACUUCUCCAGCCUCGCCUGCCCUCGGGCACGGAACGAUUCGCGACACCAUUUCCCGGCAUAUCAAGGCCACCUCCUUGGGUAUCACAAGGCCGUACCACAGCACUCGCCAUCUGCGGCGGCACAUUCCUGCUAUUGGUGCAGAGCCAGGCAUCGAUGACAAUUACCGCGCACCAGAAUCUGUGGGACAGGCUACGAGCGAUGAGAGCAUCAUUCGAGUAAUUGACUACUCAGAUCAGCACUUUCAACAACACGAAGUGAGCUCUUCGUCACUCAACGACUUUCUCAAUCAGAAUCAGAGACCCGAGUGGGCUGCAUGCCGGUGGAUCUACAUCAAUGCACUCAGCCUCGAUGUUGUACGCAGGCUAGGAAAUAGCAAAGGUCUGCACCCACUCGCCGUUGAAGAUGUCAUGGACCCAUCGACGCCCACCAAAGUCGACUGGUACGACGACCACUGUUUCAUGGAACUCAAUAUGGCGAAGCUGGUGAAGCUCGAGGCUCGGUCCAAGAUGUUUCCCAGGCAUAACGGGCCAACUACGCCUGCCACCGAUCGUUACGGCAGCCAGGCAAGGCCAAAGUGGCGCACUCUUCUGCCUGGAAGAUUCGGAAUGUCAAUAGAGCAAGUCUCGAUGUUCCUCACAUCGGACAACACCGUCAUCACUAUCUUCGAAAACUCAGGAGAUGAUAUCCUCAAUCCCAUCUUGGCACGCCUGAAAUCGACCAAAACUGUCAUUCGAUCAAGCAACGACCCGUCAAUGCUGGUUCAAGCAGUCAUCGAUGCAGUGGUUGACACUGCUCUUCCCAUUGGCAGAGCUGUCGGAGAGGCUUUCGAUGACCUGGAGUACGCAGUCCUGACUUCCCCACAGAUGGAGCAGUCCAAACAGCUUCAUACCUUGAGAUCCGGUCUUACUCUACUCGCAGAGCACACCAUAUCUCUCAGCGGGCUCAUUCGAUCGAUCAGUGAUCACCGAGCCGUAGCCGAUCUGCCCAAGUCGACAGUCGAAGGUACCAGCAAGAAUGCCAUCCCAGCGCAGCUCUCGACCAGUGUCCAGAUCUCGCCAUUGACUCAGGUCUACCUGCACGAUGUGCAAGAUCAUGUCACUGCGCUGUCUGAUUCGACAAGGAUGUCCAUACGCUCAGCUGAGAAUCUCACCGCACUCAUCUUCAACACGAUCACUGCGAGUCAGAAUGAAAGUGUCAGGAAGCUGACGCUUGUCUCCAGCUUCUUCCUCCCCCUUACAUUCUUGACCGGGUACAUGGGAAUGAAUUUCGAGACAAUGCCUGUGGUCAACGAGCAUAGCGAUGCCUACUUCUGGCUUAUCGCAACACCAGUCAUGCUCACAACGUUGAUCUUGUUGGUUCCUCGAGGUACCUGGUCGGAGCCAUUCCGGCGGUUCAGAAGAUGGAGAACUAGGAGGAAUUCGGCUGGGUGA